UAAACGGGUCUUGGUUUAUUGGAGAGAAUGUUACCCUUAAUAUUUUUGACUAAAGGAAAGUCAAAAUGUACACCCGAGAAAAUUUGAAAUGACGCGACCAUGAUGUUGUUGAAAAUCCCGAUUUUAUUGUUAAAUCGGCUCUACUGCUGGUGCUAGGCGAAAUAACCUCCGCGGCCCUGUGAUCAGCAUUUGUACUCUCCGACUUGUGCUGAUUUUCCGGAACAUCAGCAUCGUCUUCAUGGCAGUGGUGUUGUAAAAAUCCACCCUCGAGGUCGCCUGUCGGGAGCUGCACGACGGACCUUCUUACCCCUCCCCGACCCCCUCGUCCACAAGCAGCGACCACUUAGUAAGUACAACGACCCGCCUCCUUGACCAGUCCAAGCGACCACGGCGACUCAGUACCGGAGCGGCUUUUUUUUUCCUCUCUUCGCAGGUAGUUCGAGGAGUCCUCCGUAAAAUAACAACCUCCAAUAAACGCGGUUCGUUUUCUUGUUCCCACUGCUCCGAGCGUCGACAUUCAUCAAGGCGUGUGGAAAUUAUCCACUAAUAUUUUGGUACCGAAAAGAAGAUGAAGAAUAAGAACAGCAAGAACUCCCGGGGAACCCCGCAGGGCGGGCACAGCAAGAACAGCAAUCGGAAUGGCGACGACCAGGAGGCCAAUGAAUUCUGGGAUUUGAUGAAAAACGGAAAUCCCGACAUUCUGCGCCCGAUUCUCGACCAAUGCCGGGCCAAUCAGAUGGACGUCACAGUACAGAUAUUCAGUUUAUUGAGUUUACUAUGCUUUCUUUCUUAUUUGCAUCAAGGGGCAGUAGUCGAAGUUUGUGAUGGUGCAGACGAUAGUAUAAAUAUGGCAUGAAAAUGAAAUAAAUAAAUCUUCACAGUAGCUUGAACUUGAUCUUGAUGUUGCUUUGCUGUUCUCCUCCUCCAGAGUCUGUGGUCUCUGUCAUGCUGAGUACAACUACUGCCCUCAUACAUUACAAGGACAAACGAACCCUCGCAACAACAACAAUCCACAGAUCUCGAAAUCCCUGGCCCACAUGCUCCGCCAUGCUGCGGGCACGAACAACUUGGAGAUCCGGAAGGACGGGUACGUAUCAAAUGCAAAAAUGUCUGGGUUUGGAAAGCGCUAGGUAUGUAAUGCAUGUUUUGCAUGACCCAUGAUGCCUGUAAUGCAUGGCCUAGCAUCACAGAUUCUUAGCAGGCUUCCUGAUGCCUAUUCCGCAAGACAAAUGCACUCCCCGCGUAGCCCAAACUGGAGGCCUCUUGCUGGUCAUGCAAUACAGAUUUUUUUGGAAUCUAGAGGUUGUAGCAUCACAAGUUACAACAACUUUCCAGACCCAGACAUAUUUGCAUUCGAUAGUACGCGAAACUCAGUUCCAUCAUGAAAACCAAGGAUUUCAAGGGGAAGCACACAAUCGAGCAAGUCAUGGCGGUGUGUUACUACGACAGUAAGUCUCGUUUUUCGAUGAUCCGAGAAGCGGGCGUAAACACCGAGUACCUUGUCCGCGCGAACCAGGGACACACGAUGAAGAAUGUGAAUGACGAGCAACUGCUAUUACAAUGAAAAAUGCCCCCACCCCCAAAGUUGCAAUAAUUUGUGAUGCAAAGUUUCCAAAUGAAAAAUUUUUGUCAUGCAUGAAAGGACUAUGAAUCUUUUUGAUGCAGAGUCUACUAGGCGUAUAUCGCAUUGCUUGCAUGACAAGCGUCGCUCUUGCUGGGAUCUUGCGCAAUACAAAUUUUUUCUAUUCACGAUUGGAAAUCUGUGAUGCUGAUAGAUGCAAGGGGGCGAAGGUUUCACUUGCAAAGGUUUGCAAAACAAAUGCUCCUCCCAAGUUCGGGGGUGGGGGCGUUUUUCAUUGUAAUAACUGCUGCAAAAAAUAACCGAUCCGACCAGCAUCCAGGGGGAGGCAAUCCACGGGAUAUCCAAGAAAAAAACGUUGUUAGUGUAAAUUUGUGGUGCGCAACAUGCAAGACUAUUGCGUCUGUCAUGCUUGGCAUGCGUCGUAUGGUCCAUGAAAGGGCGUUUUCACGUACUAUCUGCGCAUGACACGUUUUUGCUGUCAUGCCAGACAAAUUUGUAAUGCUGUUCCUUCAAAAUAGUUUACACCUACAAUGUUUUUUUCUUGGAUACGGCACCUACACGGUCCACUGGCCCUUCAUCAAGCAGCAGGGGUUGUCGAAAGCGGCGCGGAACCACAUCCAUCUAGCGCAGGGUAUGGCGUUCUCAAACGUUACAUUCUCAACUGUUACAUGAAUUCGUCAUGCAAGAAUAGCAAAAGGGAAAGCGGGAAGAUUGCGCGUUUUGCAUUACAAAUUUGGAGCGGAUUAUAAUGCUGUUUAGCCCUUGGGCAGUUUGUCAUGCGGAGUACCUUGAUCACGUAGAUGCUGAUGACAAUUUUGCAUGACAAAUCCAUGUAACAGUUGAGAAUGUAACAAUUGAGAACGCCAUAUAGGGAUUGCCGCAGGACGGAAAAAUCCGUGGGAUGCGGUCUAUAUGCAUUGCAAAAGUAUCGUAGUCGUGGUAUAUAUGUAGUCAGGCACGACAAAUAUUUACUCACAACUUGUACCAGCAUGACAAAUUCCACUUUUCUCGUUCUGAAAAAAAUGAAUUUGUCAUGCGAUUUCUACUAGUACGUGCGCGAUGCGUUUGCAAUGCAUAGGCCAGCGCGGAGAUCUUCAUUUACGUAGACUUGGGGAAAGCAAUGGCAGAUGGGAUCGUUUUCUACGAAAGUAUUUUUAUUGUCUAAAAGCGAUUUUUUUUUUUCUGGAAAUCAUCUGCGUUUUCAUAAAAUUUUGUGUCAUCAACAUCAGCAGCAGCUUCCAUCCGCGACUCUGGCUUCAUUUCACGUAAGAAUAGAGGAAACUUGUGCUGUGGACAGCUGCUUACAUUCAUGCGCGAAAAAUGUGUAAGACAUCUUCAAACCUUGUUCACUUUACGUCAAAAUUAACCCAGGUUCCAACGGUGUGAUCCUGACCAUUGGCGACGAGGGUUGGAUCGGGACGAAAUACUUCAUAUCCUUUGCAAAAGCGUCCCCACCCCAUAGUCAAGUUGUCAAAUCUGCAACACAAAUCUCCAAGCGUUGGGAGUUGUGCAUGACAAGCUUCCAUCUGCAGUGUAGUGCUGGUUGGCAAGGGAGGCCGCAUGAGAAAGCCAUUUGCCUCUCAUCAUGGAGCUGCGCAUUACAAGUGUUGCUGUCAUUGCGCAUUUGCAGGACAACUCUGGGAAGGUGGGGACAUCUUUGCUGAGGAUACUUCAAAAAAGUGGAAAAAAUCGACCCCGAGCUGCUGACGGCCACACCGUUGGAUUUUGACCAACUUGUAUGCACUGAAAAUAUUUCUGCGUCUGGAAGGUUGCAAGACUUGUCAUGCAGGUUUUACAGGACGCGUGAGGUCUGUAGUGCAUGACCUAGCAUGAGAGAUUCCGCGCGACCUCGAGCAUGCCUCGCUUGCAUGAGAAACUGCCACUCCACUUGGUCAAAAGUGGACAGCUUUUGGCAAUCGUGCAACACAAAUUCUUGCACUAUCCGGAAUUCGCAUGACAAGUGCAGCCAGCGUUCCAGAUCCAGACAUUUUUGCAGUGGAUAACUCGACAAGCCAACGUGGCCCGCGGAGUUAGCGCCCACCGGGCCCAUAUGAACUGCAAAAGUAUCUUACUCGUAUAAAUGCAUUACAAAUUUCCUCAGCAUGAGAAAUAAAAUUUGUAAUGCUGAUUUGCGUUCAGAAAAAAAUUUGUGAUGCAAGACUUGCAUUUUUUAUACGAAUGCGAUGCUUUUGCACAGGAUAGCCCAUUGGGGACACCUACACCGUGAAAAACAUUGAAGCGAUGCUGACCAAGCAGAAGAAGCAACUCCAGUUAGUAAUCGAGGCGAAGCGGAAAAAGGACGCGGGGACGGAGUUGAGCAAAGAGGAGAAAAAGUUGGCGGCUGAGUAUAGUUAUAGCUUUUGAUUUGAUGAAGCUGAUUCGAUUCAUUUUCAUUUAAGAACAUGGCAUCGUGAUUGAUGAUUCUGUGUUGCAGCUGUGCAACAAGUAGUUCAUGACCACAACCUGCACGGUAUAUCUCAUCAUGACAAAGCCUCCCGCUCCCCAAAAGUACACGAGUUUUGCCACUUACUUUAUUAUGAUUAUGAUGUACAGGUACGACGGCAUGAAGCUCGAAUUUGCCUCCCUGGAGCAGCGCAAGAAGCAGCAAGGCGGCAUGCGGAACCGCACGCAAGUCUUGUAUCCAAUGCAAAUAUGUCUGGGUCUGGAUGAGUCCAGGAGUUUGUCAUGCAGUUUUUCCAAGCUUCGCCAAGUCUGGAAAAAUGCAGGACCUAGCAUCUUCACAGGGUCUGCAGCCCCUUGGUGAUGCCUGGUGUUCUGCAUGAGAAAUAAGUACACUCUCACUCAGCAUGGCCAGAAGUGGGCGCCUUUUCUUGCAAGUCACGCAACACAGACUUUUGUGUGAUCCGCAACAUGCAUCACUUCCAGAGGACCCAGAUCGAUAUUUGCAAUGCAUAUCUUGCACGCCAGUCCGAUUGAGGACGACCCCACGGUCGUGAACCGAAAAGACCUAUCAAGAAGGAAAAUCCCCCCUCCCCAUAUCAAAACGGAAAUUUGUGAUGCCGAUUUGUGGUCACAAAUCAGCUUUGUCAUGCUAGAAGGAAAGACAUGCGGAGUGUAGUGCUGGCUGGCGUGGAAAACCCUUGCGCCUUCAGCAUGACAGAGAGCAACUGGAAGUGGGAAGCAGCAUGACAAAUUGUCUACAAACGAGGCCACAACUGCGGCUCUUGGCUUUCUGGCAUUACAAGUCGAUUUGUGUACUCAAAUACAGCAUGACAAUUUUCGUUUUCGAUAUGGGGAGGGGGGACUUUUCCUUUUGAUAAGACCGGGACGCCACCCCGCCCUGGCAGCGGGCGGAACGCGAGGCAAAGUUAGCGGCCAUGGCGAAGCAAAACCACGGGAUCACCGAUAGAGACACCGCGCAGUGGUCGGCUCUGAGGGAGGCAAAGGAUAAAAAGUUGAAGCAGUUUGAAGACUUGGGGUUGAUAUCAAAUGCAAAAAUGUCUGGGUCUGGAAGAAUGCAAGAUUUGUCAUGCAUAUUUCUCGUGGCCCAUGGUGCCCGUAGUGCAUGACCUAGCAUCGCACACUUUUAGAGUGCUUUCUGAUGGACCUUUCGCAUGAGAAAUGCCUUGUCCGUGUAGCACAAAUUGUGCCCCUCUUGCUGGUCAUGCAAUACAAAUGUUCUUAGAGUGCAAAAACAGCAUGACAAGUUGCAUUCUUCCAGACCCAGACAUUUUUACACUUGAUAGUUGAGAACGUCUAGUAGUUCCAACGCUGCAGGAGCGGCUUCAAACACAACUGCGAACGCGUUUGCGUUCGGAACCAACCCAUCGAACACCGCAGGUGGAGUAGUUGCUGGUGGGGAUAAUACUACAAACAGUAAAUCGGUUUCGAACACGACCAACAAUUCCGAAAUCAACCUAAACCUCACCAAUUCGCACCAGUCCUCCGGCUUCACGACCAAUAGCCAAGCGCCCUGGCGAAAACGCCGCGCGUCUACCGCGUCGGUCGGGACGCAGAACACCGUGCAUAUCCUGUGCAAAAGUAUCGUACUCGUAGUGAUUGCAUUUAUGCAUUACAAAUCUCUUUCUCAAGGUCAUUCAGCAUUACAAAUCCAAUUUGUAAUGCUAGGCUAGUUUGUAAUGCAAUUUAUACUAGUACAAUGCUUUUGCAUUGCAUAGUGCAAACGGACAGCGAAUUUGGAUCGCCGGAUUACCACCUAUGCGUUGUAAAUAUGUCUGGGUCUGGAAAGUUGAAACUUGUAAUGCUGGUCUUGCAUUCCUGUGAAAUCUGUAUUGCAUGACCGCCAAAACAAGUCGCAGCCUCUUUUGCAAGACAAAAACGCAGCUUCUCAUGCGGGCGGCGCACGAGAAAGCGUUCUAAAAAUUUGUCAUCCUUGGCUGCAUUCGAAAGCGUUUCCAUCAUCCACACUUUGGCAUCACAAGUUUCUAGACCCAGACAUGUUUGCAAUGGAUACCACCUGAGAGGGGACCAGUCCGGCCGGAACAACUGGACGCAUAAGCUCGGAGAUAGCGAGCACAAUCGGUCCCCCACGAGGUCCCCAUUGCACCACAUAAACUCCGCACCGAUGGUGCAGAACAUUCAGAAAAACGUCGCGUUGUUGCAAGUGGAAUCCUCCGUUUCCUCCUCGUCCUCCUUCUUUGAUGAUUUGAUGAUCUCCGGAGCGCAGCAGCCCCAAGCCCCGGGCGUACCUGUGUUUCGGAAGGACAGCAUGCAGUCGAAUGGGGGGGCCAGUGUAUCAUCCGCGAAAAACGUUUUGAAAAAAACCACCUCUGUGCCGGGGCCAACCAGUUCCGCGUCGAGCUCGUCAAGCGGUACUAGUCGUGCAGGCGGCGCGAGCAGCAGCUCCGCCGCGCCAGCAAAUAGUAUUAAGGAGCAAAGCAAAGAACAGCAAGCAGGACCAGGAGCAAAGAACAAGCAGGACGAAAUAAACAAGGAAAAAGAAAAAGAAGCAUCGUCUUCAACAUCACACCAGCCGCCCCAGCCGCAGCCCAAGCCCCCGGCGGUUGGGAACCUUCCCGGUCUCAGCAAACAGGCGAAUAGGCUGGGGCUGUACGGUGCGGGUGGAACAAAUGCUUCCGGGAACACAACUUCCAGUUUGCUGCAAAAGUUGCAAGCCGGGGGCUACGGAACCAGUUCGUCCAAAGAGACGGCAAAUUCCGCGACUAACACGCCCGCGAUAGGAGUCACGUAUUACAAUGAAAAAUGCCCCCACCCCCGAACUUGGGAGCAUUUGUAUUGCAAACCUUUCCAAAUGAAAUCUUCGCCCUCUUGCAUCUACCAGCAUCACAGAUCUCCAAUCGUGAAUAGCAAAAAUUUGUAUUGCAAAAGAUCCCAGCAAGAGCGGCACUUGUCAUGCAAGCGCUGCAGUUUACGCCGAGACUCUGCAGCAGAAAGAUGCCUACUCCUUUCAUACAUGACAAAAAGUUUUCAUUUCGAGACUUCGCAUCACACUUUGGGGGUGAGGGCAUUUUUCAUAGUAAUACCACGGGCGGGGGAUUCACUGCUGGAAGUAAGAAAGGAACUACAGCUGGUGCAUCUUCGAAGGAGUCAAAGGAUCCGAAUAGCAAGUCCGGUGCUGUUACGGCGAACAGUACUUCUAAAGACAGCGCCGAGGAACAAAAUAAUGAGGACUUGUCCAACAAUACUAAACUUCUGCAGAACAAUGGGCGAGGAAUAAAUGACAAAGCAACAUUCGGAAAAAACGACGACGAAAGCUCCAGUCCCGAGAAAUUAGAAGUGAAGUCUAAGGCAGUUUCGGAGCAGUUACACAGCAAAAAACCAGUCAUAUCCUGUGCAAAAGUAUCGUACUCGUAUUGCAAUCAUGCAUUACAAAUUCUUUUCUCGAGGUAAAUCAGCAUUACAAAUUUCAUUUCUCAUGCUGAGGGUGGAACUUGUAAUGCAUUUUCACGAGUGCGAUAGGAUACUUUUGCAAUGCAUAAGUCACGUCGAAGGCCAACCUGGCUGUGGACUACAUGCUCAUGAAAGCGAAGCUCGAUCAGGUGGAAAGAGAAAACAAGGCAGACUUGUCCAAACUUCCGGUCGCAAAGCCGCGGGAGGAGACAACUCAGCAGCUAGGUCUUCCAGAAUCGAGCUACAACACCCCGGAAUCCGCAUCUUUGUUCUCUACCCCAACGCAUAAUGACCAGAGUAGUCAGUCCGCAAGCCAGCAGGUUAGUGGGUUAGCGAGUGGCCCGAGUGGGAGUGCGAAUAAUAGCAAGGAUGGGGUCGUACUAGCUAGUGCGGCUGUUGGCGAUGCUGCUGCUGGCGAUAAAGGUGUCGACACUGCAAAAAACGCCACAUCUUCCUCAUCUCCGCCACGACCCGAUGACGCAGCAGCCGCAGCAGCUGGAACAACAACAGCGGCUGGUGAAAAAAUAUCGUCUCAAACCAAAAGCACCACAGCUGGGCCGGGUCACAACAACCCCGAGGUGGACUCCAAAUCGUCCACCAUUAUUCCCGCAAUCCCGAACAGCGCCACGAGUUCCUCGAAUCAAAACACCAUCCCGUCUACCUCCUCCACCCUCCUCCAGUCCGCAACCACCCAAGGUGGCGCGAACCGGGAAGCGCAUAACCACCUCCUGGCGCAAUUCGUCGCGAGUCAGAGUUUAAGUUCCGGGUCCGGAUUCACGCAAACAAAUUCCACGAGCUCCGCCGGCGCGGCGAUAAGCGCCGCGCUGCACAUCCCCGCAACCGGGGCGACAAGUGGGCAGCAGGCGAUUGCGGCUCUGUUGCAACAGCAGGGAGCCGUAGGAGCGGUAGGGACGUCGUCGUCGAGUGCUGGUGCGAAUGCGAAUGCGAAUGCAACCGGGGGAACAAUAACUGGAGCAACGACCAGUCUAGUAACCCCAGCUGCGGCUGCCCAGCAACUGCAGGCCCAGUUGCUUGCAGGACAGCAGCAGCAACAACAGGGGAUGAAUUUGGUUGGCACCACCUCCACAGGAGGAGCCACGAACGGCAAUAUUAACGCCGCAGGAGGAGCCCAAGCCCAACAAGCGCAGCAAAAUUCUGCGGCCGCCCUCAGUGCGGGGAUGCUUGCGCAGCAGCUGGCGAAUUUGGGCUUAACAGCAGCGGGGGGCACAACAACUUCUAGUAGCCCUCAAGGAACACUCGCUGCGGCCGCGGCAGUGUCGAGCUUACUGCAGCAGCAAAACCAGCAGCAAAACGCUGCUGCGCUGAAUGGGCAGCAGAAUGUAUCAAAAAGAAAAAUCCCCCCUCCCCAUAUCGAAAACGAAAUUUGUGAUGCAGUAUCUGAGUACACAAGUCGCAUUUGUCUUGCUGGAGAGGACUGCAGACCCAUAUCAAGCCUGAGUAGAGAGGCUUUGACUUAGGCGCUUAGCAUGAAAAGUGUCCGUGAUGUUGGCUCAACAGCAUGACAAACCGGCUCCAUAAUGGGACGGAAGCUGCUGCCCUUGUCUUCUUGCAGCACAAACGUGAUUUGUGACCUCAAAUCAGCAACACAACUUUUCGAAAACCUACCUCUUCAAUAUGGGGAGGGGGGAUUUUGCCUUGCGAUAGAAUGCAGCAGCGCAAAAGCCUGCGUCUGGUACUGGCUCGGGGAUGUCGGCGCAGGCGUAUCCGACAAGAACAAAAGAGCAGAUGAUCAACCUGAUAAGAGAGGUAUCCUGUGGAAAAGUAUCGUACUCGUAGUAAUUGCAUUUAUGCAUUACAAAUUUCUUUCUCAAGGCAAAUCAGCAUCGCAAAUUCAAUUUGUAAUCAUGCUGAGGAAAUUUGUAAUGCGAUUUCUACUAGUGCGAUGCUUUUGCAUUUCAUAAAAGGACAAGAUCAUGUGCCACAACGAGACGUGGGGUUACAAAACGAGUGUGGGGGAGCAGAAUUUUUUGAAACCCUUUGAUCAGGAAGAAAUGGAAAUUUGGCGGGAGCUGGAGCCCUUCGUAAUGUGAUUUUUUUGUCUUGCUGUGUUGCAUAAGUUGUACUUUAGGCAAAAAAAUCCGGUUUCUAGGAAUGCUUUCAGCGUGCCUGUUUUCGCCCCUCGCUGAUGUAGUACCACACGAUGUUCGUAGUUCCCUUCUGAUUACUUACAUCAAACAGUGUUAGUCUUAGUUUUGUUAGGAAAAAUAAUACAACAGCAAGAACAGUUGAAGCAGCAAAGCCAACUGCAGCAGGUGCAAACGGCCGGGAGUACCCCGCAGCAGGUACCGGCCUCCCAUGGAUUUGUGUAUGGAAAUCAAUACGUGGACCCGAACACGGGCACGGUGCUGCAACUAGGAGGGGCGGCGCAAUCGGUAUGAUAAAGGAUUUUCGGACGAUAUUAUUUCAGUGGGGGAAGACGAUGACGAAGUAGAUUUAGAUCAUCAUCAUACUAGAUUCGGGCUGCCAACCCCAACAAGUUUCUGGGAUUGCCUUUGUUCUACACCACGUCCCUCACGUUUGAUGUAGUCUGUCAGAUUUCUCUUGCCUAAAAAAACUUCACAGCAGGUACAAGCGCUCGUCCGGAACCAAGCUGCCCAGGCCAUGGGCAGUACCAGCGGGCUGAACGCAGCUGCGGUAACCGCCCAGCAGCCACUCGUGCAACAGCAGCAAACGGCGACCGCGAACGCCUUCCGACAGCAGUUGCAAGCGUAUGAGACUUCUGCACAACUCCCCCUCCCCCUCAUUUGUCAUGCAAAAAUGUCGAAUCCAGUUACUAUGCCUAGUGGCACUCUCUGCAUUACAAAUUCUGGAAACUGAAACAGUACUACACCCAGCGCAUGAUGAAUUUGUCAUGCACAGCAUCCACCUGUGUUGGUGUUUGUAUUGCUUGCCAUGCCAUAGCAUACAAAUGUGGGGAAAGAGGAGUUGUGCACCCUCAUAAAGCGCAGCUCGAGAAGUCCGGGGUGGCUCUACCCGCCGUGGGAAAUAACGCUAAUGCUGCGGCGGCGGCGGCGACGCCAGGUACAAGUGCGAUUGUUUGUGUAAACGUGAACAAAUCAUGAACUUCUUGCCAAAUUAAAUCCUCGCUUCAUCUACUUGCAACAGAUAAAACUGUUGUGUUUUUUACCAUGCUUGAUUCGCAAAAAUCAUAGAAUCACGUUGUGCAGAAUGAACAAGCUCAACAAAGAAGCUCUAUUUGUUCUUCUACAAAUCAUCUCAGCCUCCGUGGCCCACCUGAUUCAAGCGCAGCUGCAGCUUAUCAAAUGCAAAAAUGUCUGGGUCUGGAAGAAUGUAUGUUUGUCAUGCUUGUCUGGCAUGACUCUUAAAUCUGACAUGCGCGUUACCCAGGAGCUCCAUUUUUCUGUGGUGCAGAAACGCAGUUCUUUGUCAUGCAGAAUAGGCAACACCUAGAAACUCAGAGACUUGUCAUGCUGAGCCAGCACUUGUGGCCUCAUCAUGAGACGCCACCCAGCAUCACAAGUUUCCAGACCCAGACAUUUUUACAUUUGAUACAGCUCCAGGGCCAGCAACAGCAACAAUCUCAGCAGCAGUUGCAGCAGGCCCAGGCCGCGCAGCAGCGGCAGCAGCAGCUGAACCAGUUGAUACAGCACGCCGCGGCAAAGAUAUCCAGGGAAAAAACUGUGUUAGUGUAGGUCUCUUGGAGUGCCACCAUUACAAAUUUGCUCUGCACGAGAGAGAAAGUUUGUCAUGCAGUGCUAGUACGUGAAAACACACAUGAAAAGAGGACUUCAUGGGUGUCUGGCAUGACAAGUGUAACUGUUUUGCAUUUUUUGCAUCACAGACUUACACUUACACAGUUUUUUUCUUGCAUAAAAGACCGCACAGAUGAAUCAACAGUCCAUGAACCAGAACCCGCAACAACAUUUGUUGCACGGUACUGGUACGGGUUUGAACUCGCAAUUACCUCUAGCGCAGCAGCAGCACAAUUUGGUUGACCAGAACGCGGAGUACGAGUACCGGCCGCCGCACAUGCUGCAGCAACAGCAGCAGAACAACAGCACGGCAAACUUCAUGGGCGGAGGUAGUGGUGCAGCUCCUGGUGGAAUAAACAACAACUCGGGAAUAAAUAGCGUACAUGCUAUCAUGCGAGGAAAUAAUCAGCAGCAAGGUAACAACAUGAAUGCGGGGGUAGUUGGUAAUAUUACCGCUGGCGGGUCUAGUUCCCAGAGCAGCAGUAGCGCAGCAGCACAUCUUGUUCAUGGGCAGCAAAAUAUGUACCACGCAAAUACAAACAGUAAGAACAACAACGCAGGUGGAACAGGAACAAAUCAAACGCACACGCAAAGCAACAGCAUCCAAAACCUGGAUGAGCAGUACGAAUACCGACCGCCACCUCGAGCGAACAACAAACCAGCUCCAAACUUCGUGACCAGUAGUACUUCUAACGCGUUGCAACAGAGCAACAGCAGUUCUGCUGCUAGUUUAUUCCAGCACAGUAAUAAUCUGCAGCAAAGACUGAAUAAUCAGAACAGCCAGCAGGGUACUAGUGGUGGGAUGAACAGUGCGUCGAAUAAUAGCAAUUACAACUUUAACCCUCCCCCCGCGCCUGUCGGAGGAACAACAGGUGCUGGGAUGAACAGCAACAGACACAGCACUUCUUCUAAAGGCGCGCAAGCGACGAGCAAUGCGAACAGCAGCUACAAGGGUUCUUUCGGAGGAGGUGCUGGUGGAGGACUACACCAGGGACAACAACAUCAACAUCAUAAUCCCCACAGCGGCGGCGGAAAUCCUGGUCCGAACAGCAGUGGUCUCCACGCUACAUAUUCCCAGAAUUCCCAGUGGUCUUCCGAUGCGACUUACAGUCAGCACUCGGGGCCGGUUGGAUCCGCCGGCGGGAACCUUCAAGGAGCUGCCUACCAGCAGCAAUUAUACAACCAAGGCAAGCAGCAGUCGGGCUCUGGGGGCUUUCCCGGACCUACACAAGGAAGCAAAAACACGAUGGCACAGCAGCAGGAGCAGAUCCAGUGGACAGACGUUACGACGAAUCAGCACAAAGGAAGUGGUGGUGGGUCGCGUUACAAUCAGCAAUUUGGUGCUGGAAGCCUGGGGCAGCAGCAUGGAAGUGGUGACAACCGCAGUAUCCGUAGUGACAGUAACUGGCACCAGCACCCAUCGAGCAGCAGCUCCGCUGGGCAGGCGUCGGGAACGCACGCAGGGAAAUUCAACAACAAUAAAGGCACUGCAUCCGCUUCUGCCGUCGGAACGGCUGGGCAUUAUGGCGGUUCGAGUGUUGCAGGCGGGAAAAAUCAGAAUUACGGAGCUGCUGGUUCUAGUGCGCAGAGUAGCUAUGGUGGGCUGAACAAUAUUGGCGGCGGGAACCAGAAAGGCGGCGGCGCUGGAACUAAUAACUAUCACGACAACCACGAUGGAUCAUAUGGACAUCCGGGGCAGCAACAUCAUCAAAACAGCAUGACCUCCCACGGGUACGGGAACCAAGCAGGGAACAACAAUCAGUAUGGCAACAAUCAGUAUCAUGGGAGCAAUGCAGGUGGAUCUACAGGGUCGUCUUACGGGAUGAACAACCAAAAUAAGGGCGGUCACACAAGUACUGCUCAUCAUCAGCAGUUUAACAGCCAGCAGCAUAACCCCAACCAGCGGUCUGGUUACGGAAAAGACCACAGCGUCCAGAUGAACUAUGGCGGUGGUCCGUCGAAUCAAUACCAACAGCAAUACGGCGGGAAAGAUGGUUCAUACGGAACAGGUGCUGGUGGUCUCAACAACUACCAGCAGCAUCAGAACAGCAACUAUGGAGGAGGACAUAACAGCCAUUACAACCAGCAGCACAACCAGCACCACAAUCCGAACCAGUCUUGGGACCACAAGCAACCCUCGAAGAAUGUCGACAAAGGUUUUGAAGAUUUGGGCAGGCUGCGGGCCCAGGCGGCGGAGGGCAGUGCGACACAAAGUGGGACCGAUAAGGAGAAAAGCAAAUAAUGAUAGUAAAUCGGAACAUACGGAACAUACGGGAGAUACGCUAGUACUUCUUUCGAUUUGGGGCGUUGGGUGCGGAUGCGCUGAUUGCUUAUUGGGUUGCCGUCCGACGUGCACGGAUCAUCGACCCAGUGUUUCAAUUGGUUUCGAAGAGAAAGGUGCCAAGCGACGAAAAAAGUCAGCCUGCUCCUGUGCUGGUAUCUUCUCGCCGGAUAUGAAAUAAAGUACGGUAUUUAUGUCAGCCACAAGAAGAAGGAGCGCGUAGCCAUUCUGCUGCACGCUCAGUGUUUUAUCGAAAAGCGCCAUCCUGUUCCUGACGAAAUGCAGGGGGGCCUACACAACUUUUUCGCAUGUUAUUUUAUUCAUUUGGCUCCUUUAUUAAUUAUGGCGACUGAAUUUGUUGAAAUAGGAAAUAUCAACGAGUCUGCUAGCGCGGGGAAUACACUGGCGUAAUCCCUGCGCGUGAAGUCAUCGACACGUAAAUAAAUGCCGAGUGCCACUUUGGUACAAGCGUAAUAUCACGAUACGAGACCGCGACUAGUACUGCUGUUGUUGCAGCAUCACAGAUCAUGAGAACUACUGUACUUUUUUUCCAUAUUUAAGUGACUUUUCUUCUCAACAGUAUUGUUGUUUAUCGAAAUGUAUGACAUCAAUCCAAAAAACUCAUAAGAAGUGUUGGCAAAAAGCAUGACUAAAACGACAUGUAAUUCUAAUUUUUCUCACCUUUUGUUUUUCAUCAGUGUAGUCUUUCUCUACUUCUUUCGUGUCUCAAGUAUAACAUCGACUUCUUUACUGGUAUGCCUGUCUUUCUACUCGGGCACUUUUCGACAAGAAACAAAUUUAUGAAAGUCUAUUGCUUUCUCCACUGUGUAUCGGGUUAUUUUGAAAAUGGUAUCACAAAAUUGCGAAACGCAAAAGCUAUUUUGAUUUCACAAUUGUAUCAAUCAGAAUAAAAUGAUCGGAUUAAGAUUGUACGCAACUGGUAUGAAAAUUGGGCUCCAAAGAAAGAGGCUUAUAUAUGUGUUAUCCCAAAUUGUUC